AUGCAGGCAGGUCUGCACAGCUCUGUUAUUUGUAUUCUGCCAGUGAUCGUGCCCGUGUUUAAUGAUUGGCUGGAUGAGUGUCUGCAGGCCAUACUGGAGCAGGGUUUCCCGGGCCGAAUGGAGCUGUCUGUGUAUGACGACGGCAGUGAUAACUCCAGAGAGCUGCUGGAGAGAUGGAGGCUGAGGUUCGAGGACAGAGGCCUUCCCAUGCUGAUCUCAGGCCACAGCUCCUCCAGCCCACACGGAGUUGGAUUUGCUAAAUACCAGGCGGUGUGUCAGAGCUCUGGACGAUUCCUCUGCUUUCAGGAAAUUGUGGGUUGUAAAGUGUGUCGAGUUCCUGAAGACUCCACUGAGCGUUACACCAGGUGGAUCAACUCUCUGAGUCCAGUGCAGCUCCUCACUCAGGUGUACAGGUCUCACGGGCCGACGGUCAUCAUGCCCGCCUGGUUCUGUUCACGUGACUGGUUUGAGAAAGCUGGACCAUUUAACGAGGCUCUUGGCGUCCCUGAGGAUCUGCUCUUCUUCUACCAGAGUCUUCGUCACGGAGGUCAUGUGAUCCGAGUGGAUGAGUGUUUGCUGGUUUAUCGCUAUCAUGAACACGCAGCUACUCAUUCUGUGCUGGAAGAGACCAUCUGGAGUCUCCGCGUCCACUUCCUGCAGGAGCGAGUGCUCAGCCAAUGGGAAUCAUUCACCGCAUGGAAUGCUGGGAAACAGGGCCCACAGAGCUUGAGUCCCACCAAUCAGAAGAAGGUGAAAGCGUUCUGUGACGUAGACGAGAACACAAUUCAGAAGGGCUUUUACUCGUACGAGGAGUCAAAGGAACGGUUAAAACCCAGGAUUCCUGUGCUGCACUUCACAAACACAUCGCCGCUGUUCAUCGUGUGUGUGAAGCUGGAUAUGACACGCGGAGUCCUGGAGGAAAACCUGUGGUCGCUGCAGCUGAAGGAGGGAAUCCAUUAUUAUCAUUUCAACUGA